UCUCUCUCUCUCUCACUUCUCCUUUGUUUCGUCGCCAUUUUACUUUCUGCUAUUUAAUUUCUCUCUCACACUUUAACAUCUCCAAGCUUUUCUCUCUUAACAUCUCUUCUCCUAAUAAACCCCUUCAAGCAAUAUUAUACAAAUACAUACAUCCACACACACACACAACCAAACAGAUUGCUAAACAUCCAUGCAUAUCCACGUAUAAUCCCCCAUUUACAUCCAUCUGUGCUCAGCUGAAAAGCACUUUAAACUUUUCCAGACAUUAUUUACUUCGUCGUUUUAUUAAUUGAGAAACAUUAAUUGAAUUAUUUCAGAAAUAAUUUUUAAAGUUUUCCAAAAAUAACCAUUAUGAAUUACCAACAAGAAUCUGGAUUUGGCGGCAAUUCUGUGUCUUACCGAGGAGGUGAGAACCGGAUCUACGUUGGCAACCUUCCCCCUGAUAUUCGUGCCAGAGAUAUUGAAGAUCUCUUCUACAAAUUUGGCAGGAUAACCUUUGUGGACCUGAAAACCAGGAGAGGACCACCAUUUGCUUUUGUGGAAUUUGAAGACCCCAGGGAUGCUGAAGAUGCGGUACGGGAAAGAAAUGGCUACAACUAUGACAACUACAAGUUGAGAGUUGAAUUUCCACGUGGAACUGGACCUGGUGGAAGGGGCCGAGGUCGCGGAAAAGGUGGACCCCCUUCGCGUCGCUCCCAGUACAGAGUGUUUGUGUCAGGUUUACCAAAAUCUGGCAGCUGGCAGGACUUGAAGGAUCAUAUGCGUGAAGCUGGUGAUGUCUGCUAUGCAGAUGUUUUCAACGAUGGCUCUGGAAUGGUGGAAUUUCUGAGAUAUGAAGACAUGCGGUAUGCUGUGAAGUACCUGAAUGAAUCUAAAUUCCGAUCUCAUGAGGGUGAACAAGCCUACGUCCGUGUGAAACAAGACUACCGAGGACCUUCCCGUUCCAGAAGCAGAAGCUAUUCUCCACGACGCACUCGAGAUUCGCCACGCUACACACCAAUGAGGCUGCGCUCUCGCUCACCCUCAUCUCUCUCCACAUCCUACUCUCGUUCCAGAUCACCAUUCUGAACUGAAACAAACCAUUUUUUUCCCUUUUAUUAAUCUGUCUGUGUGUAUGGGUCAAGUAUGGCUCCAAUGGAUACGACACUACAUUUUCUUUUCUCUUCUCUUCCAUUUCUCAUUGUUUAGUUGUCACAUUUUUCAUCAAAUCUGGUGUGUGGAUGGAUUAAGGACUGGGCAUUGAAAGUAGGGAUGGGGUGGGUGGUGGGGGCCAAUCUUUAGAUUAAGAUAAUUGGAACUUAGCUUUGUAAUCUUUGAACUCCUUUGUCCUUUCUUUUCAGCUUUUUCCCUACCCUUUGUUAUGACUUUUUCACAACAAAUUUCUUUGUACUUUUUAAUGAUUUCACAUUACAAUUUAGCAUUGAAUGAAAUAAUUUGUGAUUAUAACCACAACAACAACAAUAAUUAUAAUAAUAAUAAUCUUUCCCCUCCCCUUCAUUUUUUUGUUUUCAAAUUUUUUUCUUUAAGAAGUUCUUUUUGUAGAAAAAUAACAGAAAAAAAAUUAUUUGGGUCUCACCCCUAAUAAAAGUUUGGUGAAAUGCUUCAUUAGAAUUUGAUAAUAUAUACGUAUACCCAUGUGUGUGUGUAUAUUUCUAUACAUACAUACACACGCAUUUCUGCUUUACUUCGUGGUAUAAAAAAACAUAACUAUAUACAUGUUGUGUGUCAGAAGUGUGUAUAGCUUGUCAUAUACAUAGGAUGUGUGUAUGUAUCUAUGUGUGUAUGUAUGUAUGUGUGUGUGUGUGUGUGUGUGUGUGUGUGUGUGUGUGUAUAUAUAUAGUCGAAGCUAUUGCAAUGUAUUUUUUGACUUGACCUUGCUUUCAAUAUCACAUCUUUUCCUUUUCUCUGCCAUUUCUUCUACUACUCUUCUCGUCUCGUCUCUCUCUCUCUCUCUCACCCUCACCCUCCAUCCUCCCUAUUUUACCAUUUUCCUCUUCCAGCUGGGGG